CGCCCCAGCGCCGCAGACCCAAGCUGAGCCCGUGACGAUCGAACAGACAAACGGACUACGGGGCAGCCUCACAGACAACGCACGACUCGUCGGAGCAGCCGCGCGAUGACGGCCAAGGUCGCCGCCGCCGAGGAGACGAAAGAACCGACCCCGAGCCUCAAAACGAUAGCACGGAUGAAGUCAUUCGCGCAGCGUGCCAAGAGGAGCUCAUCAGGACCGGGCCAGCUCCGCCGGCAAAUGAGCCAGCGCAUCGUGGCGUACCGGGAAGCGAGCGAGCGCACGAAGGUCCUGAAAGCGAAGGAGCGCGCCGCGAAGAGCAAGGCGGCCAUCGACCACGCCGGCGGCUUGCUUGCCGACGCUGAUGAUUUGUAUUUUUCCACGCUGAAGUUGCAUUGGCCGGCGCUGUUACUACAUGUGCUCGCGGCGUACACUGCAAUCGUGCUGGUCUCGACUAUCGUCAACCUGCUGUGCGCGCGAGGCCUCGGCUUCGACGGCACGGGCACCUGGUGGACGGCCAUCAUGUAUGCUGCGGCUAAUGUCGUGACGAUGGGCUACGGCGAGGUCAAUGUGUCGACGAAGGGCGCCUACUUCGCGGGCAUCGUGCAGAUGGCGCUCGGUCUCAUGCUCAACGUCGUCUGCUUCGCCGUCGUCGUCUCGAAGUUCCAGCAACCGCGAAGUCGAUUAGUCUUCGCGAGCCACUUCUGCGUCACGAAGCGCGACGGCAAGCGCGUCCUGCUCAUCCGACUCGCGAACCGACGGUGUAACCUCAUCUUGCACCCGGAGAUCCGCGUCUUAUUUCUGACGCCGCACGCGACGCAAGAAGGCGAGUCCUACAUUGGGCAGAACGAGCUCCAGCUCGAGACGGUGUCUUCUGCGAUGACGGGCGUCCUGACGGUCUCGCACGUCAUCGACGAAAAAUCGCCCCUCGGAAAAUACGUCAAAGACGACACAUUCGAUCGCGAGGCUUUUUGUGAUGAGUCGAACGCCUUGAGCGUCACGGUCUUAGGGAGAGAUACGGUGUAUCAUGAUGAUUUGAUGUGCAAGCACACGUACCUCUGCGCGAAGGACGCGAUUUUUGAUCAGCACUUCAGCUGGAUGACUCGUAGAGAUGAAAAUGGCAAGGUCGUGCUGGAUUUUCACCGCCUCGACGACACGGAGGCCGCCGCGUCGGUAGCCGCACCACCGACAGCGAACCCGAACGUCCCGCCGCCGUCGCUCCACUUCAACGAUAUAGAUGUUCACGUCUUUUGCGGUGGUUUGAAGCUGGGGGACCGGCUGCGGCCGAACUGCGUUUUCUCGGAAAAUGCGUACGCCGCCUGUGAGGCGAAAGGACUAAGGGUGAAGAGGCACUUCAUCGACUUGGCGGCGAAGCCCCAGUGGUUCCUCGACCUCGUCAGCGACUACGGCGCCAAGGCCGAGACGCCCUGCGUUUUACUGCCGGGCGGCGAGUUCGUCACUGACACGGCCAAGGUGCUGGCGCGGCUGGCGCCGUACGACGGCGUCGGCAUGGCCGUCGAGCCGGCGGACGUUUCUCCCGGCAUGCUCAUGAGCUGGUUUGGGUAUCAGGCUUCCGUGCCCGUCGCGGUCGGCGCGGAAUCACACGAGUCGCGGCGAUGGCGUGUUCUCAACAAUUCAUUCCACGCAGGUCACGGUGCGCGACCUGCAGAACGCGGAGAAGUGGGCCGAGAGUCGCUUGAAAUUGGACAAGUUUGUGGACAAACUACGGCCAAUCGACGCCUAUCUGGAUGGGCGGGACUACCUUUCGGACAGCGCCAAGAUCGGCUGGUCGGACUUGCGGUACAUCUUCUUUGUAGGAUUCGUUGAUAUGUUCUCGCGCGUGUGUGAUCCGGAAGGUGCGGCCUAUGUGCAGAGCCAGUGCCCGCGCGUGAAGGCGUGGGUCGAGCGCUGCUCCAAGGAUCCCGUCGUCCUCAAGGCGCGGUGCGGCCUCAACUUCGAUCCGCGGCUGCCCGCGAAUUGCGCGGCUAUGCAGAAAAUGGUAGGCAAGUACUUUAAGCACCAGGCCGACCUGCUGCCAUCGUUCGUCGACGAAGUCCUGGCGCCGUACGACGCGUUCGCCUCCGGGAGUGCGCCUUUACUAGCUUUUGAAGAUGUAGACGUUCAUUUAUUCGCGGGCGGUCUCCGACUAGGCGACAAGCUCGUCGAGAGCUGCAUCUUCUCGGAUAAUGUGUAUGCAGCCUGUAUUCAAGCUGGAUGGAAGCUCCGGCGCCACUGGAUCGACCUCGAGGAUAAGCCCCAGUGGUUCUUAGAUCUAGUGGAAAAAAAUGAAGCCAAAGCCGAGACGCCCUGUGCUUUGAUAAAGAAGGCGGACGGCUCGGCGGAGUUCGUCAUCGACACCACUAAAUUACUGGAGCGGCUGGCGCCGUCGAAGGGCGAAGGGUUUCCCGUUGCGGAUGCCGACGUGAUGCCGGGGCUCAUGAUGCCGUGGUUUGGUUUUCAAGCAUCAUUACCGGUCCUCGUGCGCGAUGUGCGCGACGCCGCCAAGGCUUCUGCUAAAGAGGAGAAGCUGACGGCGUUCGUCGAGCGGCUGAAGCUCCUGGAUGCGUACCUGCAGGACCACGACUACCUCUCGGGCGGUUCUGCUCCCGGGUGGAGCGAUUGGAGGUUUAUCUUCCUUGCUGGUAUCACGGUCAUGAUGACGCGGAACUUCGACGCGGACGGCGGUACCAAAAUCGAAGAGCAGUGCCCGAAAGUUAUAGCCUGGAUCAACCGCCUGACGCGCGACCCAAUAUUCCUCCGCACAAGAGAAGGCGUCGCCUACGACCCGCGGGCGCCCCAGAACGCGCUGUCGAUGCGCCACCUCGUGCACAAGUACUUCAAGCACCAGAAGGACCUGGUGCCGGCGUUUGUGGAUGAGGUCCUGGCACCCUUCGACGCGGUCGCCGCGACCGCAAAGCAGAAGGCCGCGGCCCCAGCUACUAAGGGCAACGCCAUCGCCCAAUCAGGACUCCAGAAGAAGGAGCUCGCCACGUUUUGUUUGUAAGAAAUACAUG